AUGGAAAGGCACAGCAUGCGGAUGACAAUGGAACACAAUGAAUCAAUCGAGAAAUGGAAGAACCCAAUAAUGAUGAUACGCCACACAAGCGUCGACCAAGUCGGCGCGUGGUCAUUCCCCCAUCCCAGAACCUCACUGCACGACCUCUACGCAAUGGCGCCCCGCGCAGGCGUCAAGGCCUCAAACUCCAGCGAGUCUGCACACGGGUUUCAUCAUUCCACGAGAGAGAUCCUCAUCUCGGGGUCAGCGUACGACGCAAUCCUGCUCUGCGCCGCGGCGCAGAUACAGACCAUUGUGCUCGUACGUCUGCCGGGCGCCGCUCCCGAGUACCUCGCGAAGUACUCGGGUUCGGGCGUGUCCGAGAACCGCUUCACCGCGGGCCCCGAGACCAGACAAGGUAGCUUGGGUGCACAAACUGCCAGCUCUGCCCGCGUCGCAAGCUGUGUAACGUCCCCUUCGCCUGGCCUCCUUGGAGAUAAACGUGCUGCUGUAAUCCUCGCUGGAGCCCGCCUUGCGGUCGAGUCCCAAUCGUAA